UAACAAUAUACAAUAUAAAAAAAAAAGAUACUGAAUUGAUACUUUGUUUGAAUUAUUUACUUGUGGAGAAAUGUUUAUUUAUUUUUGAUACUACUAAUUUAAAGUUAUACUUUUUUAUUUCCAAUAUAAUAAUAUAUCUUAUCCACUAUGUCUUGGAAUUUCGACGUUAUUGUUGGACACAGUAAUGGAACUCUAAAAGGAGUUGAACUAACAAAAAAAAGAAAACAAGACAGUCUCCUAUGUUUUAAAUAUACCAAAUUAAUAGAUGCGACACAAAUCAAUAGCAUUACGUCUUUAAACUACAGUGUAGACUUAAAUGAAAUUCUUAUUGGUUCAAAAGGCACUAUACAAACUUUUGACAUAGAAAAUAAAGUGGUUAAUAAAGAAUAUACCAUUGAAGAGCCGGGAACCAUUGUUGGUGUUUUCAAAGAACAAAAUGCUUUGGUCACUGGAAUCGAUAACGGUAAAGUGGUUGUUCAAUGUUUUGAUAAUGCCAAAAAGAAUAUUUCAAAGAGCAUUAAUACUGGUUCAAAUAUAUCCUGUUUAAAACAAGCUCAUACAUCGAAUAAGUUUGCUACUGGAGGAAACGAAAACCCUUUAAAAUUAUGGGAUUUAGAAACGGGUAAAGUGGACUUUAUUGCCAAAAGUCCAAAACCGGAUAUGCUUCAAUUAAAACAGCCAUGUUAUGUAUCCGAUGUAGGAUUUUUCAACAACAAUAAAAUUGCAGUAUCUCAUAGACAUGGAGUGGUUGAUUUACACGACCCUUUGUCGAGUCAAAGACGACCUGUGGCUACGUGUAAAGCAGAAAAAAAUGGUUUUGUUAGUUUGACAACUAUUCCAGAUUAUAGUGAUUAUGAAGUCAUCGUAGGAUCGUCUAAAGGAUCAAUUUUCCAUUAUGAUUUCCGCGGUAAAUCUGCGUUGCCAGUCAAAACAUUCAGAGGUUGUACUGGAUCAGUUAGGUCGGUUUCCUGUAUUACAAGUUCCGAUAAGUUAUAUGUAAUGAGCAUAAGUUUGGACUGUCAUCUUAGAAUGCACAAUUUUUCCACUGGCGAUCUUACUGUACAGGAUUAUAUUGUUGCUAAGCCAUCGACGUUAUUAGUGAAGCCUGAUGUAAAUGCAUGACAGUUUAUGAGUAACUACUAUUGAUGAUUAAAUAAAAAAAGUGUCUUUGUUAAA